ACUACUAUAUUUAGACAUAGAUUUACGCUGAAAAUUAUCCAUACAACCCAACCUGACUUCCUGGAUCCUUUCCGGCCAACGGGCCGGGCUUACAACUAGUGAGUAUAUAUGACCGAAAUAAGGACAUUUAUUAACUAUCAUGGGCCCAGGUCGAACGCACAAUCGAGGAAGCAGUGUUGGGCUUUUCUUUUUUCUUUCAGUUGGUAAACCCUAAACAGAUAGAAAAAGGGUAAAUAAAUUAUAGAUGAACGCGGUGAGCGGCUGAUGGGAUCUUCACGGUCAAAUCCGCGUAUCAUUUAGCUGUGGAUCUCGAUAGGAGGAGAGGGGGUGGCGAUCAAUGGUUGGUUGGAUGGACAAGGAGUCGUGGAUUCGGUUGUGGGAUGCUGAUAUCCCGUCGAAACUGAAAGUAUUUGUCUGGCAAAUCCUCAAUCGAAUUUUGCCAACCACAGAGGCCCUUAUUGAGAAACGUGUCCCGGUACAUCCCCGAUGUCCGGUGUGUUGGGCGAGUGCUGAAACGCUGGAGCAUUUGUUCUUGGAUUGCCCUGUGGCUCGUGCCCUCUGGGACUACUCUGGUCUGGGGCAUCUAGGAGAGGGGCUCCCUCGUCAUACUUUCCCUGUGUUCCUGAAGAAGUUGUUGGCGUUGCUUCACCAACCUACUCUGUUUAUGGCUGUGGUGGCUGUCCUUUGGAGGAUUUGGCGCUCGCGGAACUGGGUCGUUUUUGAAGGCAAGCAAUUUGGGUUCCCAGCUUUAAUGCGCCAGUUCCACCAGCAGUAUGAGGAGUGGGUCCGGUUGCCUAAGGAUAGGAUCCCUAGGGGUGCCUCUCCCAUGGUGGUUCCAAAUGGUGAGCAGCCUAGCGGUCUUGAUGGGACAUGGAGUAUGGUCUGUAUGUGGGAUGGGGCGGUGAGAAGGGGCUCGCACUCGGCGGGCGGAUUGGUUCUUUUGACCCCUACGAGAGACGUUUGGCUGGUGAAGGGGAUUUAACUACCCUGCAUGGAGGACCCUAUGGUGGUGGAAUUGCUUGUCCUCCGGUAAGCGGCGUUCUGGUGCUUAUCAAUGGGCCUCACGGAAGUACAGUUUGAAGGGGAUGCGAAGGUGCUCAUUGAUAAAAUUAAUCAGGAGGAUGCCAGGGAUAAUCGGGUUGGUGCUAUUCUGGAGGAGCUCUUGCAUAUUUUUAACAACUCGGGGUUUCGUGUUCGAUUUGUUGGUCGGCUUAGCAAUAGGGUAGCCCAUAUGGUGGGUCGUAAAGCCCUCUCUUUGUACCCGGCUCAGAGUCGUUUCUUUGAUUUUCAGGCCUGGCUGAACGCCAGUAUGUAAUUAUCUUUUUUCUGAUCAAUAUAAGAUUAUCUUUUGU